GCGAGGUCUGACGGACGUAUCUCGGGGGCGAUACCUGGACGAGCACCCCGGCGGGCAGCACCUGUCGGCAAAGUUUAUUUGCAGAGAUGCAACGACGGCGCUAUUCUGGCAGUGUCUUCGACUGUUCGAAUGCCGCUCACAAUUGGUUACUAUCGACGAAGCGCAUCAUGAUCCUGUACGGCGGCAUCCAGCAUGGCCUGCGUGCACCGAUGAUCUCACUCGCGAGGCGGCCCCUGGUCGCGCGGUGCAGCGAGCUUAGUUGGUCGCUGUAGUGCUCGUCGUAUGCGAUGUGGGACAACGAGGGCAUGCUCGGCUGAACGUCGUCUCCACGCAUGACUCUCUUUUGGUUGCCUUCAAAUCAAUAAGUUUCUGUUACGUACUGCUUAUUUUUACGUAGGAUAUUGUACCGUAAUGCGUCGCCGUGACGGCUUGCCACAGAGACGGCCCAAUACCACACCCCUCCCUGUCUGAGCAG